AUGCCGAAGCCUACGAGCCCGACACGUGGAGACUCCAGGUUGAGAAGCCUGGUGCAGGAAGAGAUGAGUGGAUCUCCCGCAGAAGGCUCUCCCGCAGAUGAUGUCGGAUGGAUGUCACGCAGAGCCUUAGAGAUCUCAGAAGGAAGGCAAUGCGAGUUGGUGACAUGCAUACAGAAUGCCUGGAUGAAUCGUGUCUUCGCACAAAAUCUUGUUCUGUCACAGGAAGACCAGCAUGGCCACAAGAUGAUAACGUCCAUGCAACCGGUUACCACUGACUCCAUUGGCCAGAGGCAUCCAUGCCAGAACGAUGACUACGUGCAUGUUCCCAGUGAAUCCAUUGGCCAGUACAUCCGUGAAUACGUCCGUGCUAACAGCUCCAAGAACAAGCAGCAGGGACUUGGGCCGGGAUAUGAAGCACCAACAGAGCAGGGAGCAAGGGAGAUUGUGCAGAGCUCCUGGUUCGAAUAUGUCGUGGGCCUGGUCAUUUUCGGCAACUUGAUCACCAUUGGCGUCGAGGCUCAGAUGUCCUUGGAGAUGGGCGAUGAGUUCGAGGCUGGAUCUUGGGCCUGGGUCUUGGAGCGAGCCUACUUGGUUUUCUAUUGCCUGGAAGCCGGACUUCGCCUGGCUGCCUAUGGCCGUACCAUCUUUCUGGAUGUCUGGUUCCUCCUGGACAUCAUGCUCGUUGCCAUUGGCAUCCUGGCACUCUUCAUCUUGCCACUCUUUCAAGGCCAAGCGGACGCCGUUGCCGUUGAGAAGCUGUUGAUGGUGCGUUGUCUGCGUCUUUUGCGAUUGGUCAGAGCCCUUCGAAUGUUCAGCCAAUUCAGGAUCAUGUGGCGACUUGUCUAUGGCCUUCUGACUGCUGGCCAGACCAUUGUGUCGACCACGACGCUGCUAUUGGUUUCUCUCUUCGUCUUCAGCUGUAUUGCUGUGGAGCUCAUCGCGAAGGACAACGAGUUGCUUCUCAACGAGCAAACGAGAAGCAUUGUCGAGAAGAACUUCUUCGGCAUACAUCGGUCUUUGAUGACACUCUUUCAGUUUGUUACGCUGGAUUCUGUGGCCGGCGUCUACUUCCCACUGAUUGUUGCGAAGCCAUACCUGGCUUUUUUCUUCCUCCCCGUUCUCAUCAUCGUGUCCGUGGGGCUCAUGAACCUUGUAACCGCAGCGGUUCUGGAGAACGCGAUGGAGCAUGCCGCAGAAGAAGCUGAGGAGCAAAAAGAAGACAUAAGGCAUAAGGUCAAAGAUGCCAUUCCAGCUUUGGUGGAUAUCUUCCGUGAGAUCGACAAGGAUGGCAACGGCACGAUCACGCACAAAGAGCUGGAAAACAUAGACAUCGAUGUGCUGCCGGCCAAAUUCCUGCAAGCAGUGCAUGCUGAAAGCAUGACGGAGCUGUUCGAGUACCUAGAUGUCGACGACAGCGGUGAGCUGACCCAGUCCGCUUUCAUCGAAGGGGUCCUGAAGCUCUGCAUGCUCGACAUGCCCGUCUCUGCCGUGCAAUCGCUCAAGCUGCUCCGCAUGAUUCUUGAUUCCUCAAAGAGGAUCGAGGGAGCCUUGCGGAAGAUGACCACAGUCUAA